AUGGCAGCUGGUGAUCAUUGUCUCAUCGUCUACCUGGGUAUGAUGGUGGGAGCGUUCCUCUGGGGAGGACUGGCUGACCGAAUGGGAAGAAGACAGUGCCUGAUCAUGUCUCUCUCCGUCAAGGGACUAACCGUGUUCGCCUUCUUUUCUUCGUUUGUUCAAGGCUAUGGCACUUUCUUGUUCUGCAGACUUUUAUCUGGAGUCGGCAUCGGUGGAUCUAUUCCUAUCGUCUUCUCCUAUUUCUCUGAAUUCCUGGCCCAGGAAAAGCGGGGAGAGCAUCUGAGCUGGCUGUCCAUGUUCUGGAUGAUCGGGGGGAUCUACGCCUCGGCCAUGGCCUGGGCUAUCAUUCCUCAUUAUGGAUGGAGUUUCCAGAUGGGUUCGGCAUAUCAGUUCCACAGUUGGCGGGUGUUUGUCUUGGUUUGUGCAUUUCCUUCUGUGUUCGCCAUCGGAGCUCUGAACACCAUGCCAGAGAGUCCUCGCUUCUACCUAGAGAAUGGAAAACACGAUGAAGCUUGGAUGGUCCUGAAGCAGGUCCAUGACACCAACAUGCGAGCCAAGGGCCACCCGGAAAGAGUCUUCUCCGUCACUCAGAUAAAGUUCAUUAAACAAGAGGAUGAACUGAUUGAGAUCCAGUCAGACACAGGGACGUGGUACCGGCGCUGGAUGAUCCGGAUACUUAAUUUGUCUCAGCAGGUUUGGUCUAAUUUCCACCAGUGCUUUGCCCCAGAAUACAGACGCAUCACCCUGAUGAUGAUGGCGGUUUGGUUCACCAUGUCUUUCAGCUACUAUGGACUGACGGUUUGGUUCCCAGACAUGAUCAAACAUCUUCAGAACAUUGACUAUGCCUCACGCACCAAAUAUUUCUCCAACGAGAGGGUGAUCAGCUUCAACUUUAACUUCACUCUCGAAAAUCAAGUCCACGAUAACAGAGAAUACCAAAAUGACAAAUUCAUUGGCCUCAAGCUAAAGUCUGUUAUAUUUGAAAAUUCCUUGUUCAAAGACUGUUACUUUGAAGAUAUCACAUCCAGUAACACUUUCUUCAAGAACUGUACUUUCAUCUCCACCAUGUUCUACAACACAGACUUGUUUGACUAUAAGUUCAUCAACAGUCGGAUUAUUAACAGCACGUUCCUGCACAGUAAGGAGGGAUGCCAGCUCGACUUCAGCGACGACAUUAAUAAUGCCUACAUGAUCUACUUUGUGAGUUUCCUGGGGACUCUGGCGGUACUACCGGGCAAUAUUGUCUCCGCACUGCUGAUGGACAAAAUCGGGCGUCUCCGUAUGCUGGCUGGUUCCAGUGUCAUGUCAUGUAUUAGCUGCUUCUUCUUAUUCUUCGGGAACAGUGAAUCGGCCAUGAUUGCUCUACUCUGCCUCUUUGGUGGAGUCAGUAUUGCCUCUUGGAAUGCUCUGGAUGUCCUGACGGUGGAGCUCUACCCCUCAGACAAAAGAUGUCACUGCUCAGCAGCCAAUGGGAUCGCUGGAUUUGAACUUGAAAGGAAACCAACGGUCAGUGGUCCUCAGACCGUUACAGGACGACGAGAGGUGAAGAUGGACGCCGAUCGCGCUAUGAUUUCUUCAAUUCUUGACGAGUACAGGAUUGGAGCAGGCCGCACUUCUCUGGAGGACAUCUACUGCCUCCAGCAUUGCAUCUAUGGCCUGACACCCUUCAUAACUUAUCCCCGCACCGUGGAGGAGAGAGACCAACAACGUCUCAUCUACUGCAUGAGAUUCCUCCCGUCUCCAAUCUUCAAGAUGGAGCGCCUCAUGCCAACAAACCGCGAAGCUCAAAGGAAAUACCUGCCUUUUCCACUGGAGGAAGAAGAUCCAGAGCCGACAUUGAUGAUGGCAAGCCGCCUCUGUGAAGACCUGACGGUGGAGAAGGCCAAGGGAGAGCGAGAGGAGGCAGACACAUCACGGGCGCAGCAUGAUGAAACGACUGAGAAGACAUCCGCCAAGGAGCAGAGGAUGGUGAAACAGAAACUGGAUGUGAAGAGCAAGAACCUGAGAAGAGUUCAGCAUCAGCCUGGAAGAAGACAGAAGAUCCGCCAGCCAACCACCUUCCAGUAUGUCAACACCAACCUGAGAGGAAAGAAGAACAUCCUCUGGACCAUCCUCUUCAAACCAUUCUGCCGGUGA